AUGAAUGGGAUUCUAGGAAAUCUACUUGGGUUGUGCACUAUUCCUUGUUGGUGGAACCGUGGUUUGAUUAGAAUCAAUCCUGCGAUUGGGAUUAGAAACAAGUUGUGGAGGCAUUUAAAAGAAUUGGAUCCAGGUUUGGGGUUGCCGUGGUUGCUUGGUAGGGAUUUUAAUGUUAUUAGUAAUUAUGGUGAACGACAAGGUGGUUCUCAACGGCGCCAUGGAGUUUGCGUAAAAUUUGGUGAAUUUAUGUUCGAUAUAGGGUUGAUUGAUAUGGGGUUUUCAAGUCCAAAGUUCACUUGGAAACGUGGAACCCUUUCUAAAAGGUUGGAUAGGUGUAUUUGCAAUGCUGAGUGGUAUGAUUACUUUGAAAAUUCUGAAGUCUUUCACCUCCAAAAAUUGGGUUCGGAUCAUCGACCCAUUCUCCUUAAGUUUGGGGAGCAGCAGGAGGCUUCCCAUAAUCGAUAUUUCCGAUACAUUGAUGCUUGGAGUGAUCACCCAGAUUUCCAAAACUUACUGAUGAAUUCUUGGAAAAAUGAUAGAGACUUAUACGAAAAUAUACUUGAAUUCCAAGCUCAAAGUACCAAGUGGAAUAAAGAGGUGUUUGGGCAUAUUGGGAGGCGUAAGAAUUUGUUGCUUGCUCGAAUCCAUGAAGUUGAAAAAGCAGUGGAUAAUUCCAAUGAUCAUGCUCUACUAGAUCUAGAGACAAGGCUUAAAAAGGAGUUGAACGUAGUUCUCGCUCAAGAAGAAAGCUUGUGGAACCAAAAAAGCUAG